AUGGCAGUUCUCAAUUUGCUUUCCGUUUUUGCGGUUGCUUUUCUCGUUGUCUUUGGCAAUGCAGUUGAACUUGAAGAGAUCAAACCAUGGGACCUUUAUCCGCUCGAGACGAGGGACCUCCGCAGGCGUGAUAUGAAUGCCUUUGACUUACGAUCAACCGAAACCUUUCUGUGGGGAGCCCAAGAUGGCGUUGACGUAAUUCUCGGCAACUUCACCGUCAUGAUGCCCGGGGAUUCGGAGAAUAUUCUGUCGAUGGAACGCUUUCAUGGCAUGCUGAAGUCUGUGAAAUGCGAACCCGAGAAGUUGACCAUCGCCUUUGAGGAUGAUCAGACAUUUGAGUACGCGAAACGGGUCUGGGACUGGGUCAAUGGCGCCGACAACCACACCUUCGUCAUGGUCGCCAGCAAGGGCGACUGCGGUGACAACAAGUAUCGGGUUCCUUACAAGGUAUACUCCCUCCAUUACGAUGAGCCAGGAAAUAUCGCCACUCUCAAUGUCUCGACUGGGUCGUGGAAGGACCUUGCCCAUUCAUACGAGAUACAGGUAGGUAAUAUUGGGAUCCCGGAGUCCACCUCCCAGGCCGUCUCCAAGCGAGAUAUCUCCAAGUCCACAUCCAUUGACCUUGGUGUCGAUUUCCGCUUCAAGGGGAAAGCCAAAAUAGGGCCUGUUUUCGGAGAGAUACAGUGCAACCCUUGUAAUACCCGAGGGAAGCUGAAUUUCGAGUUCAAGAUCAAGCAAAAGUACUUCGUUCCUGUGGGUGCAAAGUUCAAGGCUUCCCCGAAGGGCCUCAAAAUCCGAGCGGCCGUGACGCUUAUUAGCGGGAAUGACCUGAAAACGAAGAAGGAAACGAAGGCCGAGGACAGGAUUCGACUGAUCAAAUCCUCUUUGCCCGGCGGUGUUUCGAUUCCAGGGGGUAUCUUGUCGCUCGGCCCUCACUUCGUUGCUGAGUUGGGCUGGGAGUUCACGGCAGCAGAACUGAGCAUCAUGGCCAAGACCGGAGCAACGGCGACGAUCUCUGAUAAAGCCGUCAUCGAAGCCGACUUACUCAACCCCUCUAAGAACAAGUUCUCGGGCUGGGUUCCAAAGGUCGAAUUCGACCCACUCGAGUUUCAGGCACGUGCCUCCGUAAAAUUCCAAGCUUACGUUGUACCGUCGGUCAACCUCGAAGCAUCUGUUCUUGGAAAAGGCGUGGAGACUGGUUUCUUGCUGAAAGCGCCGUACAUCGAGGUUCGAGCCGACGCGAUCACUGCCCCGGAUGGCAACGCCUGCAGAAAGGGAGAUAAGAAGGGGUUUGCACUAAAGAUCGUUCCAUCAUGGGGGGUGGAGCUGAAAUUCACUGCUGCUGUCAUUAAGGGCAAGAAGCUUGACAUUUCUCUCGCUCAUGGCAACUUUGCCUGGCCAGGUGUUGACCCGAAGUCGUUGUGCUAUGCGUUCGACGAGCCGCCAAAGAAGACGCGCCGCUUCGUUCCCGCUCUCCCUGCCACCACAUCCGCUCUGAAGGGAAACGCUUGAUAAAGAUUCAGCUGCAUCACCCCCUCCGGCGCCCGGUUGCAAUGCUUGUACAAUCAAAUCGGGCCAGUUGGGCACCUGCAUCGAUAAAGAUGUUUGUAUGCGCGGCGGUCAAAUUGUG